AUGCACGCUUGCCUAACGCUUUCAUUCUAUGAGCGAAACAAUCUAGUUCCCAUAUUCGCUCUACUAAACCCUUCAACCUCUAAAGAGGUAGCGGGAAUUUUGGCGCUUCGGAAUUUACCCCUCCAAAAUAUCUGGAGAUUUGUGUGGGAUGAUCUGUCGAAAGGACACGUAUUGGUUCAAGAACCUAAAUGGUACGAGCUGAUAGCACCAUUGGCAUCUGCCAGCAGAUUGAGGGUGAUAUUCGUCAGCAAUUAUCCACUCCACUACCAAGCAUCUGCACGCCCGUUGUUGACAUUGUACCGCGAAUUAUACUGGUGGAAGGCGCGCAAAGAAGGUCGUGACUGUAGAGAAAAAAGGGAAUUCGGAAGGAGAAUUGAGGAUGAGAACCCACAAAGACUCAAAACACUUAUACUCUUGGAGGGCCUAGUGCUGACGGGUAUCGAUGCAAGUUUUUGCCGCCUCCCCCGCGGCCUGUUCCUUUUUUUCGUCCUCCAAACACAUAAUAUCUCGUUCUGUGCCGUCUCACUGUUGAGAACAAUGAAGGCCUCCUGA